GUCGCUUGCUCCCGCCGCAACCCCAUGAAAUGCUGAGCUCCACCAGCCACCUCGACAGCAAUCUUUGCUUCCAUUCUCUCCUUCCACCUGCCGAUGCCGACAGCCGACGCUCCAACUCCUCUGCUUCUCUACAAAUCCCUCAUCCUCGCAAAGGAUCGCCCACCACAUCGGCGGCGGUCGAGGAGACAGAAGAUUGGAAUCCGAUUAGGGAGAGAUCAUGGAGAAUGAGGUGCCGUUAUGCAGCACCUGCGGCGAGUCCGUGGGUUUCUCCACUUCCGCCAGGGAGGAGGUUUUCGUCGCUUGCCAUGGAUGCAACUACCCUCUCUGCAGCGCCUGCCUUGAGGACGAGAUCAGGGAGGGCCGCGACUGCUGCCUUCGCUGCGGGGAACCUUACGCUCGCAAUGCCCCAGAGAAGGUGAGUGAUGAGACUGACAAUCACGAGGAUUCAGGUGUGAGAUUGAGAGCCACAAGCCGUCUCCAUGAUUAUGAGGAAAAUGGAAGCCAUAUUAGAAGCUCGAGUAAUCUCUCCUUCGUUGAAGAGCCGAAUGGUGAAUCUGGGAAUCCAUUAUGGAAAAACAGAGUGGAUAGUUGGAUGGAAAAAAAGAAUAAGAAAAAGGCCGCGAAGAAGGUUGAAAAAGCUGAAAUUCCUAUAGAACAGCAAAUGGAAAGUCCAGAGUAUCUAGAGGCUUUUGAAUCUUUUUCAAGAGUAGUUCCACUUUCACCCAAUAAGCUGACUCCAUAUAGAGCUGUGAUCAUAAUGAGAUUGUUAGUUCUUGGGCUCUUUUUCAAUUAUAGAGUAACCCACCCUGUCGAUAGUGCCUAUGCUUUGUGGCUCACAUCGGUCAUAUGCGAGAUCUGGUUUGCCUUCUCUUGGGUAUUGGAUCAAUUUCCCAAAUGGUCACCUAUAAACAGAGAAACUUAUAUCGACAGACUAAGUGCAAGAUAUGAACGGGAAGGAGAAGAAUCACAACUUGCUGCAGUAGAUUUUUUUGUCAGUACUGUUGAUCCACUCAAAGAGCCACCAUUGAUUACUGCUAACACUGUGCUUUCAAUUCUUGCUGUGGACUAUCCUGUUGAUAAAGUUUCUUGCUAUGUAUCUGAUGAUGGUUCCGCUAUGCUUACUUUUGAAUCUCUUGUUGAAACUGCGGAGUUUGCUAGAAAAUGGGUUCCUUUCUGUAAGAAGUAUGCAAUUGAACCAAGGGCACCUGAGUUCUAUUUUUCACAGAAGAUUGAUUAUUUGAAAGAUAAAAUACAGCCAUCUUUUGUCAAGGAGCGCAGAGCAAUGAAAAGAGACUAUGAAGAGUACAAAGUGAGGGUAAAUGCUUUAGUUGCCAAGGCUCAAAAAACGCCAGAGGAAGGUUGGGUUAUGCAAGAUGGAACAUCAUGGCCGGGAAAUAAUCCACGUGACCACCCUGGCAUGAUUCAGGUUUUCCUUGGAUAUAGUGGUGCUCAUGACAUUGAAGGAAAUGAACUUCCUCGGCUAGUUUAUGUUUCAAGAGAGAAGAGACCUGGAUAUCAGCACCACAAAAAAGCUGGGGCCAUGAAUGCACUGGUUCGAGUCUCAGCAACUCUGACAAAUGCUCCCUACAUUCUCAACCUCGAUUGUGAUCACUAUGUUAAUAACAGCAAAGCAGUCCGUGAAGCAAUGUGUUUCAUGAUGGACCCAGAGGUUGCAAGAGAUGUGUGUUAUGUUCAGUUUCCUCAGAGGUUUGAUGGUAUAGACCGCAGUGACCGAUACGCAAAUAGGAAUAUUGUGUUCUUUGAUGUAAAUAUGAGGGGGCUUGAUGGCAUCCAAGGACCAGUUUAUGUAGGAACUGGUUGCGUUUUCAAUAGACAAGCACUGUAUGGCUAUGGGCCAGCCAAUUUGCCAGUUUUACCGAAGUCUUCAUUUUGUUCUUCAUGCUGCUGCUGUUGCGGCCGUUCUAAGAAAGCCUCAGAGAAUCAGAUUGAAGUUUAUCGAGAUGCCAGGCGUGAAGAUCUCAAUUCUGCUAUAUUUAACUUGAGAGAAAUUGACAAUUACGAUGAACAUGAAAGGUCUUUGUUGAUCUCCCAAAUGAGCUUCGAAAAGACUUUUGGACAGUCUUCAGUGUUCAUUGAGUCCACCCUAAUGGAGAAUGGCGGUGUGCCUGAAUCUGCUAAUUCUUCUACUUUAAUCAAGGAAGCUAUUCACGUCAUUGGCUGUGGAUACGAGGAGAAGACAGAAUGGGGAAAAGAGAUUGGCUGGAUAUAUGGAUCUGUCACAGAAGAUAUUUUGACGGGAUUCAAAAUGCAUUGCCGUGGAUGGAGGUCUAUCUAUUGCAUGCCUACAAGGCCUGCUUUCAAAGGAUCUGCCCCGAUCAACCUCUCUGAUCGAUUGCAUCAGGUUCUUCGUUGGGCUCUUGGUUCUGUUGAGAUCUUCCUCAGCCGGCAUUGCCCCCUUUGGUAUGGCUAUGGUGGCGGCAGGCUGAGAUGGCUUCAAAGAUUGGCUUAUAUAAACACUAUCGUCUAUCCAUUUACAUCCCUUCCACUGAUCGCCUACUGCUCUUUACCAGCCAUUUGUCUGCUCACUGGAAAGUUCAUCAUUCCGACGCUUUCCAACGUUGCAAGUGUUCUGUUUCUGGCUCUAUUCAUGUCCAUCAUCCUAACGAGUGUUCUUGAACUGCGGUGGAGCGGCAUCGGCAUCGAGGACUGGUGGCGAAACGAGCAAUUCUGGGUGAUCGGAGGUAUCUCUGCACAUCUAUUUGCAGUUUUCCAAGGAAUCCUAAAGAUGCUGGCAGGCAUUGACACCAACUUCACCGUCACCGCCAAAGCUACAGACGACACUGAGUUUGGCGAGCUCUACGUGUUCAAGUGGACCACCGUACUGAUACCUCCGACGACCAUCCUAAUCGUCAACUUCGUCGGUGUAGUCGCCGGAUUCUCCGACGCGCUGAACAGCGGAUACGAAGCAUGGGGGCCACUCUUCGGGAAAGUAUUCUUCGCAAUGUGGGUGAUUCUGCAUCUGUAUCCAUUCCUCAAAGGUCUCAUGGGGAGGCAGAACCGGACGCCGACCAUUGUCGUGCUAUGGUCGGUGCUUUUGGCUUCAGUUUUCUCACUUUUGUGGGUAAAAAUCGAUCCUUUCAUCAACAUCUCCGACGACACCAAGUCCCGUGGAUGCAUCGAUAUCGAUUGUAAGUUCAACUGAAAAUAGCAUGAACUCUUUCUUCUUGUAUAGAUAUCAGGAAAGGAGUGAUUGAGUUUAUUGUGUGGGAGUGCAAAAGUUUUUUCCUCUAUUCAUAAUCUGUAUUUACUCUUGAUUCAUAUUAUUAUAUGGGAUUUUUGAUUUA